UCAGGCUACGCAUAUCUCAGGAGGCAGCACAGUGGCUAGGUAACUGGAACGUAAGCAAGGCGCAGAGGCGUGAGGAGGGCAAGCACCCCAGGAUGCCGGCUUGGUCAUCCGCCGGUGGCGACAAGCCGCAGCUCUCAUAUGCUGAGCGCUUGCGGAGAGCCGCAGUCGGAUCUGCAGGAGGGAGAGAAGAUCACGAGGGGGAUGAAAAUAGGGCCAGCGGGAGUGCUGCGAGCCGCGGUGGGCCAGGGACGCCAACUGGGACCGGACGAAAGUCGAUACCUGCCCUACGGACGAGCAUCGCGUCGUCCCUAGCAGCAUCAACGGCUCCGUCAGGGCAAGCGCAAGCACAAGCUCCGCAGCCGCAAAUUAAAGAGGCUUCGGCAUCUGGGAUUACAUUGGACGGCUCGCAAAGGGUACCAAAUACCGCACCAUCGUCAUCAUCGCCAUCAAUGAGCGCAGCGCAGUUAUCAUCCACGCUGACACAAGCUUCCGGUUCCCUGCCGUCUCCUCAGACUGCAUCAAUAGCGUACGCAGGGGGAGCUGCUGCCACAUUGCCCACUGCGAGCACGCAUGCAAAUGUUUCGCCACCGACUUCAUCACCUUUGACAGCUCCCAACGGCUCACCAAAGCCGCCUCUAUCUGCGAUGCCGGCAUCAGGCAACGCAGGGAUAUCGCCGAGAGAGAGCACAGGGCCUUCCGCCUCCUCCUUGUCAGCGAUAUCAGUUUCAAUGUUAGGAUCGGUGUCGGUGAGCACGUUGACGCCUCCGCCCAAAGUGGCGCCGGUGAACGUCUGGCAGCUGCGCAAACAGCAGGCAGAGGAGAAGGAGCGGGAGAAGCUCAACGCUCGCCAGCAGGCGCAGCGCGCUCCCGCUACUUCAUCUGCCUCUCCCUCGAUUCCUGUCUCUGCGUCUCAGGCUUCCCAAUCACCAGCGCCGGUGCAAACAGAAGCGAGGAAGCCAGUGCAGCAGCCAGCGUCGGCGUUGGAGAGGCAGGAGGAAAUGGACAAACGGGGGCAGGCCCCUGCAGGAGCGACCUCAAGCGAGCUCGGCGAGCAGGCGGCGCCUGUUGCCGUCGGAAAUGCACAAGCUACUGGAGCUAUUGCGAACACUCCAGGCAAUACUGCCACACCUUUACAUGGGACGCUUGGAAAGGGAAAAGGUACGAAUACAACUGCCGGCUCGGACGCUGCGAGGAGCGUCUGUGGGCCAGCUGCGCUGGGCAAGGGGCAGACUACCAGAGCAGCACUACAUGAUAGUGCUGCAGGGAACGCUGCUUCGAAAGGUUCGGCUGCCCGAGCUGCCGCCGCCAGCCAGCAGGGUACAGAUGUCAAUACGAACUCAUCGGGGACCGCCAGUCUUAAGCAAGGAGACGCUCCUACACUUCUAUCAGGGCCAAACACAUACCCCAUCAGCACUUUCCCAUCGCACAGGAUGGCGACAAACGCUUCAGGCUGGGUACAAGGUGGGCUACGAAUAGCUGCCUCGCAUCCGGUGACUCCACAGUCCCCAUCGCGCUCGGCUGCAUCCAUUGCAUCAAGUGCUCCCAUCUCCGGCUCCGCUGCCUCUGACAAAGAGACGCGUCCGACGUCGAUAGCGUCCUCGCCUGCUGGAAGUACGCUCAACUUGCCUAUGGUACCGCCGCACUCGCAUCUGCCGGCGCUGUUGACGUACUCGCCCCGCUCGGCGAAUGGAAGUUACCAUCCACUACCGGGGCCUGGCGAUGAACCAGAGGAUGCGUGGUUGCGGAGGAUUCACAUGCUCAAUGGCGGGCAGAACAUGCCCAACUUGGUGAACUACGAAAGUUCGCUCGGCCUCGGCACCGACGUGUACCGCGCGCGCAGGAACACCACCGGAGGCUCGGGAACCGCUGGAAGCGCUGUAACCUUGCGGCCCGAGCCAGGUGCAGGUCAAGACUCAGGACAUGGGCAAGGACAGGGACAGGACAGUGGUGAAGAAUCUGCCGCGAGCUCCUCGAAUGCCCCUUCAAUGGUGUCUACGCCUGGGAUCUCCAACGUAUCGCUAGCGAAGAGCGGCAGCACAUCGUCGCCAAAGACGACUUGGACGAAGAUGAACGGGUCAUAUGCAGCGCAGCACCUUGUGCCAGCUGCCUCUACGUCCUCCAGCACGACCGGGACUGCCGCUGCUGCAGGCAUCGCGACCAUUGCUAGUACAAGCACAAGUGCGAAAGGCAAGAGCAAGGUGGCGAAAAAGAAAAAGACGGAGGAAGCUGCCGUGCUGGCUGACUCGACGAGCUGGCCCAGUGUUUCCGAUGCAGCCAAGGAGCCGCAGUCGACC